AUGCUCAAAAGGAGGCGUACGGAUGAGCGAUUACUGGACAACGUCUUAGACGAUAUUUAUCGGAACGAAGAUGAGUUCAUCGUAAACGACAGACGGUCAUCCUCUUCGUCGCAUAGGAUAGCACCGUAUAAAGCGGCAAUUAUAAGGGUAUGUCAACUUCAACUGAAGAUCUGUUCGAAAAUGAUGGAAUUGCGAUCUUCAUCGAACUCGAGCAACGAAGAACCGUCCACUUUAAAACGAAUCGCUAGACGUUCCAUACUGCGUCAUUCGCUGCGUAAUCGUGCUGGUAAGAUCAGCUUCCUGCAGAAUGACGAUAAUGUCAACGACGGAAGUGCUUUCAAUAUCCGUGAAGUGUUACCGGGCGAGUUGAUCGACUACUUAAAUGAUGGAGUUCAAGAGGAAUAA